GUAACCUAUUGUAGAAGGUGGGAUAACCGGUUGGGCCGGAUAAAAUAGAAAGGGGUGUAAAGGUGGGAUUAAUCAGCAAUAAUUCAAAGAUUGGAUUAAUAAAAUAAGACCGGCGAAAGGUUGAAUUAUUAGAAUCAAAUUUUCGUACAAAAAAUUUCUCAAAAUGCAUAUAUAAAAAAAUGAAAUAAAAUAAUAAAUAAAAGAAAAGAUCAAACGUAAUCGUUAAUCCCCUUAUUUACCAAAGUCGGUCUUUCGUUCUUAUCCCAAAUAUUUUCAAAAAAUCCUCAAAAAUAAAGCACCUUGAUUUUAUUAAUCCAAUCUUGAGGGUUUUUAUUUUCACUCAUCACCAAAAGCCCUCAACUCUUGAGGGUUUUUAUUUUCACUCAUCGGUGAGUGUUUUUUCACUCACUGAUGUAGUGUUCGGAUUUUUUUUUACACCCUUAUUUUUACUCGUGAGGGCUUUUCUCCUCACUGCUGGGAGUGCUCUUACAUCAUCAUCAUCCACAUAAUCUCCGAGAUCUCUUUCCAUAUAAAUAUAAAAAAAAAUCCUCUUUGAUUCAUUUUAAACAAGGAAAUAAAUCAUUUCAAAUAUUUCUUUCUUCCUUAUCCUAUAAUUCUUUCCUUUAAUAGCUCCCAAUUUUUUCAAAUUUUCACACUAUAAAAUUUUUACUAUAAAGUUUUUAUAUAUAAUACCCACAUGAAGUUCAUUGCUCUCAUCCUAAUCUACAACACCCACCGAUUAAAAUUCCCAAAAAAUAAAUAAUACCCACUAAAAUUCUCAUCCUUCUCUUUUCUGGGUCUUGUUUGAUUUCCGCCAUUGUUGAAGUUUUUAAGCAAAAAAAAAAAUCAAUUAAAUUUUCCAGGAAAAAGAAAAAUUCAAGAACCAUGCUUGAACGGCCGUGCAAAAAUCUCCUGAAUUGUUUGGAUGAAAUGUCACCGGAGUUGGACGAAAAGGUGGGAAGAAUUCCGUCAAUAAUUUCAAAACCAGGGAUCAUUCCAGAAUUUGAUCACACGGCCUCAUCACCCCGUGCGAUUGACCAGAGAUUAAUCAUUGCUGCGAACCAACUUCCAUUGAAAAGCUUCAAAGAUGAUGAGGGUGUUUGCAAGAAAUGGGGAUUUGAAUUUGAUGAAGAUGCCCUUAUUUUGCAGCUAAAAGAUGGGUUAAACCCCAAAAUUGAUGUUGUUUAUGUUGGGUGUUUGAAAGUUGAGAUUCUUGAUAUUAAAGAACAAGAAGAGGUUUCCCAAUAUUUGCUGGACAAUUUCAAGUGUUUGCCAGUGUUUCUUUCACCAGAAAUUCAGAACAAGUUUUACCAUGGAUUCUGUAAGCACUACUUAUGGCCUUUAUUUCAUUAUAAAUUGCCAAUUACAUCUAAUCAUGGUGCUGCUUAUGAUCAAUCUAAUUGGCGUGCUUAUGUUAGUGCUAAUAUGCUUUUUGCUCACAAGAUAAUUGAGGUUUUUAGGUAUAGAAAUGGUGAUGAUUUUGUGUGGGUGCAUGAUUAUCAUCUAAUGGUGGUGCCUACCUUGUUGAGGAGAAGGGUUUUUAGGGUUAAACUUGGGUUUUUCUUGCAUAGUCCAUUUCCAUCAUCUGAAAUUUUUAGGGUUAUACCUGUUAGAGAAGAGAUUUUGAGGGGUUUAUUGAAUGCUGAUCUUGUGGGGUUUCAGACAUUUGAUUAUGCAAGGCAUUUUCUGUCAUGUUGUAGUAGGAUGAUGGGGUUGGAUUAUAGGUCGAAACGAGGUUAUUUGGGGGUGGAAUACUCUGGGAGAACUGUUAGUAUUAAGAUUUUGCCUGUUGGAGUUCAUAUGGGACAGCUGCAAUCUUUGAUGUCAUUGGAUGAAACUGCUAAGAGGAUUAAGGAAUUGAAGGAGAAAUUUGAAGGGAAGAAAGUGAUUGUGGGUGUUGAUGAUAUGGAUGUUUUGAAAGGGAUUAGUUUCAAGUUUAUGGCUAUGGGACAUCUUUUGAAUUCGCAGCCGAAGUUGAGGGGGCAAUUGGUUCUUGUUCAGAUAGCUAAUCCAGCAAGGAGUCGAGGGAAUGAUGUGCAAGAAGUUGUAAAUGAGACCCAUCAGAUUGCCAAGGAGGUUAAUGACACGUAUGGCACACCGGGGUAUGAUCCGAUUGUUUUUAUCCAUGACUCUGUUUCAACCCUAGAGAAGGUUGCAUACUAUGCGAUAUCUGACUGUUGCUUGCUGAAUGCGGUGAGGGAUGGGAUGAAUCUUGUGCCUUAUAAAUACACUGUUUCUCGCCAAGGUAGUCCUGCAUUAGAUGCUGCUUUAGGGGUUGACUCUUCUGUGCUCAAGGAGAGUGUCAUCAUUGUCUCAGAGUUUGUUGGAUGCUCGCCAUCUCUUAGUGGAGCAAUAAGGGUCAAUCCAUGGAAUGUGGAGGAAGUAGCUGAGGCAAUGCUUCUGGCAAUUAGUUUGACAGAGAAGGAGAAACAGCUGAGGCACGAAAAACAUUUCAAGUAUAUUAGUUCUCAUGAUAUUGCUUAUUGGGCUAAGAGUUUCGACCAAGAUCUUGUGAGAGCUUGUGGCGAUCCCUUUUCCAUGAGGUGUUGGGGUGUUGGCUUUGGUUUGAAUUUCAGGCUUAUUGCCCUGCCUCCUGACUUUAGGAAGCUCACAGUCGAUCACAUCAGAGCUACAUAUGCAAAUUCAAACAGUAGGCUGAUCUUGCUGGACUAUGAUGGAACUAUGAUUCCACAGACAUCUGUUAAUAUGGCACCUACUACUGAAGUUCUGUCCCUCUUGAAUAGUUUAUGCAAUGAUCCGAAAAAUGCUGUCUUCAUUGUAAGUGGAAGAAGCAGAGAGACUCUCAGCAAGUGGUUUUCUGCCUGUGAAAAGCUUGGGAUUUCAGCAGAGCAUGGAUAUUUUACCAGGUGGAGUCAGAACUCAGAAUGGGAGUCAAGUAUCUUGGGAACAAAUUUUGAGUGGAAGAAAGUUGUAGGACCAAUAAUGGAGCUUUAUGCAGAAGCAACUGAUGGUUCUUCCAUAGAGUAUAAGGAAAGUGCAUUGGUGUGGCAUUACCUGGAUUCUGACCAUGAUUUUGGGGAAUGUCAAUCCAAGGAAUUGCUUGAUCAUUUGGAAAAUGUGCUGGCCAAUGAACCCGUCGUUGUUAAACGUGGCAAGCAUAUAGUCGAAGUGAAACCACAGGGUGUGAGCAAAGGUGUCGUGGUGGAAAAACUCAUUACAACUAUGAAUGAUAUGGGUAAACCGACAGAUUUUGUCCUGUGCAUAGGAGAUGACCGUUCUGACGAAGAUAUGUUUGAGGGUAUCAGUCAUGCAGCCACAAACUCAUCAUUGCCACCAAUCCCUGAAGUGUAUGCCUGCACAGUUGGUCAGAAACCAAGCAUGGCAAAAUACUACCUCGAUGAUAGUUCUGAAGUCAUCACCUUGAUUGAGGGCCUUGCUGGUGCAUCUGCAGUGCAACAACCAAAGGCUGCUGAUGCAUCUACAGUGCAACAACCUAAGGCUGCUGAUGCAUCUACAGUGCAGCAACUAGAGCCGACUGAUGCAUACGCAGUGCAGCAACCAGAGCCGACUGAUGCAUCUGCAGUGCAGCAACCAGAGCCUGCUGAUGCAUCCGCAGUGCAGCAACCAGAGCCUGCUGAUGCAUCCGCAGUGCAGCAACCUAAGUCUUCUGAUGCUCAAAUUGCUACUGAUGAUAGCAAAGUUCUAGAUUAGAAUUUACAGACAGAUUAAGAGACAGGGUAGGGGCAGAAAAGAAUUCUGUACAGCAAAGUAUAUGAUUUUUGUUCAAGUAUCUAGGAUACAUUUUUUAGGAGAUACAAGUGCAUAGGUUCCGUUUUGCAGAAUAGCUGAUACCAUCUUCUUAGGCGUAAGACAGUAUAACAAGCUAUCAAUUCUUUUUAAUUGUAGUUGUUUCACUAUAAUGUCUAGCUGCUUGCAUUUUCUAUGCUUGCAACUUGGGGUUUGGUGUUUCGAUUUUAUAACAGCUUAUUUGUUCAACUAUUUUUUCAA